AUAUUCUAUCAUAGUUUAUAGUAUAUAAUACCUAUCACUUGUAUAAAGUAAAUUGCAAGUGAGAAACGUUUUCGUAAAUUAUUAUCGUUUUGUUAUCAGAGAAGCCUACAGGUGGUGGGCAUGUUUCGUGAAUUGCUUGUAUCAAUUUUAUUAAUUAAGUUCGGAUUCUCGGCAACAUUCAACACCGAACGCGUUGAAGAUGCUUCAUACUGGCGAAAACACGCUGAGACACAUCUCAAAAAAGUAUUGGCUCAAAUUAACACCGAAACAACUGGUAAUGGUAUAAGAUCUUGCGCGAAAAAUGUCAUAAUUUUUAUUGGAGAUGGCAUGGGUCUAUCUACGGUUACGGCAGCCAGAAUUUUUAAGGGACAACAGAAAGGAACAUCUGGUGAAGAGGAAACUCUAACGUUUGAGGAGUUUCCACACACUGGUUUGUCGAAAACCUACAACGUUAACAAACAAGUACCGGACUCUGCAGGUACUGCCACGGCACUGUUCACUGGUGUUAAAACCAAUUACUAUGUUCUCGGUCUGGAUGCUGUUCAAAGUAUGAAACAAGAAGUAGAUUUCAAUGCUAGACUUCCAUCGAUCAUGGACUGGGCCCUUGCCGUAAAUAAACGGACUGGAUUCGUUACAACAACUCGUGUUACACAUGCAACACCAGCGGCUCUUUACUCGCACUCAGUUCAUCGUGACUGGGAAUGCGAUUCAAAGGUUCCGGCAAAUAUGAGUGCUAGACAAGACAUUGCAAGACAGUUGAUUGAAAAUGAUCCAGGGCGUCGAAUAAAUGUUAUAAUGGCUGGUGGCCGGAAGGUCAUGGGUCUCAAAGAAACUGCACAAGUGACCGAUCAGCCAAAAUUCAAUGGUAGCACUGAGACACCAUGUGAACGGCUCGAUGGACGAAAUUUGAUCGAUGAGUGGAUGGCACUACAUCCGAUGCAUAAAAGAAAAUUUAUCUCAAAUACGGGCGAAUUGUUGUCUUUGAACAUUGAAGAAACCGAUCACUUAUUGGGACUGUUUGCACAAAAUCACAUGUCCUACAGCAGUGUCAGAGAUAAAAGUCCGCUUGGUGAACCAUCGUUAGCGCAAAUGACGAAAACUGCAAUUAGUUUACUGAAGAACAAUAAUACGAACGGUUUUGUUUUAAUGGUAGAAGGGGGACGCAUUGAUCAGGCACAUCACCAAAACCAUGCCCGAUUGGCACUACAAGAAGUAUUUGAGAUGGACCAUGCUAUACAAGUUGCGUUAAACGAUACCAGUCGAUCGGAUACUCUUAUUAUUGUGACAGCCGAUCACUCACAUGCCAUGACGCUCAAUGGGUAUGCAGCCCGCGGUAACGACAUCUUAGGAUUUGGUAACAAACCAAAAGUUGAACCAUAUGAAACUCUAACAUACGCAAAUGGUCCGGGCUUCUGGCGACAUAGACUGAAUCAAAGUGUUGAGCAACAAGGCAAAGACGGUACAUGGUUACGAGUGAACCUGUUGACGAAUGAAGAUAGAACAAAUCCUCUAUAUCAACAUCAGGCGAUGUUUCCAUUAGACGACGAAACUCACGGCGGCGAAGACGUUGGAGUGUACGCUAUAGGGCCUGGCGCUGAGCUUCUUCGAGGAACAUUUGAACAGAAUUACAUUGCUUAUGUGAUGAGCUAUGCGGGUUGUAUGGGACCCGUCCGAGAAUUAAACGUAGCGUGUAACGGUAGUGGAUCAUAUAAUUCAGCCAUAAGUCUAUUUUCUAUCGUUAUGCUGUUAAUAUUCCAUCUAAUUAUAAGUAAAUUGUAAUGAAAUAUGCAAAUGAAACUAGGCGUAAAUUGAGAUGAAAUUAAAUUAUUUUCACCACUA